AAAAAUAGCUAUGAACAGAGAGCGCUUUUGUUUGCGUCGGCAGCAGGAUCUGGAAGGUCCCCUCCCCUGGGCUUCCCCCUCCCUACCCCACCCUCUGACAGCCUGUUCCGUGUUGCUCCCCCCCAGCGCACAGUGCAGAAAAGCGCCAAGUACAUCUGCCUGGCAAACAAGGACUGCCCUGUGGACAAGAGGCGGCGGAACCGCUGCCAGUUCUGCCGCUUCCAGAAGUGCCUGGCUGUGGGCAUGGUGAAGGAAGUUGUCCGGACAGACAGCCUAAAGGGGCGGAGGGGCCGGCUACCUUCAAAACCCAAGCAGUCUCCAGAUGCCUCGCCUGCCAAUCUCCUCACUUCCCUUGUCCGGGCACACCUGGACUCAGGGCCCAGCACUGCCAAACUGGACUACUCCAAGUUCCAGGAACUUGUGCUGCCCCGCUUUGGGAAGGAAGAUGCUGGUGAUGUACAGCAGUUCUAUGACCUGCUCUCGGGUUCCCUGGAUGUUAUCCGCAAGUGGGCAGAGAAGAUCCCUGGCUUUGCUGAGCUGUCCCCAGGUGACCAGGACCUGCUGCUGGAGUCAGCCUUCCUAGAGCUCUUCAUUCUCCGCCUGGCCUACCGGUCUAAGCCAGGUGAGGGAAAGCUCAUCUUCUGCUCAGGCCUGGUGCUGCACCGGCUACAGUGUGCUCGUGGCUUUGGUGACUGGAUCGACAGCAUCCUGGCCUUUUCGCGGUCCCUGCAUAGCUUGGUUGUUGAUGUCCCUGCCUUUGCCUGCCUCUCUGCUCUUGUCCUCAUUACUGACCGGCAUGGCUUGCAGGAGCCAAGGCGGGUGGAAGAGCUGCAGAACCGCAUUGCCAGCUGCCUGAAGGAGCACAUGGCGGCUGUGGCGGGUGAGCCCCAGCCAGCCAGCUGCUUGUCACGUCUGCUGGGCAAACUCCCUGAGCUGCGGACCCUGUGCACCCAGGGCCUACAGCGUAUCUUCUACCUCAAGCUGGAGGAUUUGGUGCCCCCUCCACCAAUCGUCGACAAAAUCUUUAUGGACACACUGCCCUUCUGACCCCAGCUCUGACCACACGUACACACGUUUGUAUGCUCUUACGCCACCCCAUGUGCCUUUACUCACAGCCCACGGACCCCCAGAGCACCUCCCAGUCUGGGCUUGAACUGUAAGACUGACCCACCUCCUCACCUACUCCAGGAGGUUGGCAGGGAGUUCAAGUUCUGCGGGAGGGAAUGCAUUCACGGGGGUGACCCAACUAUUUUGUCUUUUCGCCCCUAGCCAAGUCCUGGCCUUCAUGUUUUUUGUAAGAUAAACCGUUUUUAACACAUGUGCCCUGCUGUAAAUAAGCUGAAUGCUGCUGUAAAUACAGGAAGGAAGAGGUUGAGGUGGGGGUUGGGAGGAAGGGAUGGGGCCCCCGCCAGCCUGGGCAAGCCUUUCCAGCCUCCUUUAACUUGCUGUCUCUUCCCACCCUCCUUCCACAUGUACAUAAACUGUCACUCGGAGAAGAAAGCAAAUGACAGAUUCUGACAUUUAUAUUUGUGUAUUUUUCCUGGAUUUAUAGUAUGUUGACUUUUCUGAUUAAUAUAUUUAAUAUAUUGAAUAAAAAAUAGACAUGUAGCAGAAAUUG